GUGGCGUGAUUAUGUGACAGGCUCGCACCUGCUGUCUGCUACCUUCGGGACAAAAAUUUUGGAACGGGGCUUUCUGACCGUAGUGCCAGCUCAGGAAUUUAUUCUGGGUUCAGACCUGACCGUGUACUGCCACCUCACAGAGAAGUGUUCAUGGAGCAUCCACUUAAUUCUGUGGCUAGAUAAAGUGACGGUGGAGCCUGAGCAACGCAUCAACUGCACAACAGCCAGAUUUCGACUGACGAACCUCCGCACCCCUGAACCUGUUGUGAAAUGCUUGAUGCGUAUGGAUGGCAGGUCCUACGCAGUGACUGGACUCCGUCUCCAUGGUGGAUUGCCUCCUGAUAAGCCUACCGAUGUUUACUGUGAGACAACACGGGACUCCGGAGUGUUGGAUUGCCGGUGGGACCAAGGACAGAAGACAUACCUAUCCACUAGCUACAAUAUUUCUCUCAGCAGUGAAAAUGGAACUCAAAUACACAGUGUUCAUGAACAGAGAGAGAAUUGCCAGGUGCCAAAAACAUUGCUGGAUGAGAAUGAAAAUUACCAGUUGACCAUCACCUCUUACAACACCAAGGGGACAUCGAAGUCAGAACCCUUCAACUUCUGUGUCAAGGAUGUUGUUGUACCAGUGACACCACUCAUUGUGCAAAUAAAGUUUGGCAACGACUCUUCCGCCUCGCUGCGCUGUAACAGCACAGAGUCCUCCGAGCUAAUCCACUACCUCGCCAGACUCCGGACAGGAAAUGGCUCCCUUUGGCUACUUGCAGAAGAAGCACGGAGCGGUACAGGCCAACUAAGAGUGGAGGGAUUGAAUGCCCUUUGUGAGUACGAGUUCCAAGCCAGAGCUUGCUACUCCGCACAUGCAGGUGGUCUGACCUCGGUGCCCACCAGCGCAUCCAGAUCCAGGCCUCGCUGCAGCAAAUGGAGCGAACCUGUCAGGAGGGUGAGCCCUGGCAAAGGUCCUUCCCUGGAGCUCCAGGUAUGGAGGAUUCUCGGUCACCAUGACGACAGUGGCCUUCAGAAUGUGACUGUUUUGUGGAAGCCUUCUCCUCAAGAGGACUACAGCGGUACACUGUGGGGCUACAAGGUGCGCCCGGACCGUGCGGCGAGCAAUGUCACCUGCCCUCCUGAUCUGAGCCUGUGUGUAGUCCUGGUGUCUCCGGACGUUCAUACGCUGUGGGUCAGCGCGGUCACCUCCUACGGCUGCUCCCCGCCUGCCGCUGUCCCCCUCAUAUCCUCAGGUGUUCCUGGGCCUGCUUUAAAGAGGACGCUCCGUGAUGGACAUGGGAGCGUGGUACUCUCCUGGUCCUGGCCUCCCCCUGGCCCUGGUGGCUCAGGGGGCACUGGGGAACUGGUCAGCUAUGUGACUGAAUGGACCAUUCGACCUGCGGAGCUGCGCUGGAACAUUCUGUCCAGAGAUCAAAACACUACCUUAAUCGGAGGUCUGUUUGCCGGUGAGCGGUAUAACGUCUCUGUGUAUGCUGUGACCACUAAGGGCAUCAGUAAGCCAUCUUCACUUUUGGUGUACUCCGAAGAAAAGAGGCCUCUGUCAGGGCCCAAGGUGUCAGUGGUGGACCACAAGGCUGGCCGUGUCCUGAUCCAGUGGGAGGAGCUUCCCGUAGCAUGUCAGAGAGGUUUCAUCACAAGUUACACCAUAUAUGUCCGCACGCUUUCCUCCAGCCCCAGUGAACAGAACAUAAGCGUAUCUGGCUCAGCCCCUCGGCGCGUGUGGCUUGACUGUCCUGAAGACAGUGUAAUACUGGGUCUCUCUGCCUCCAACUCAGCCGGAGAGGGACCAAAGGGAGAAGGGGUCACCUUCAAGCCCUCAGUCACACAUCCUAUAGCCGGAUUGGUGACUGCUCUGGUUCUCACCAUAACCUUCUUCUCAGUGGCUGCACUCAUCUUUAUAUGCAGGAGCUCUGUGAGGAAAAGAAUCAAACAGUCAUGCAUUUCCUGGGGACCGUCUUGGCUUGUUGAAAACGUACCGAAACCUGAAGACAGUAAAGCUAAUGCACUUUUGAAGGGGAAGUACGUCGAAACCUCCGCCAGGCCAUCCCGCCCAAACUCCCAUAGUGACCCUCCUCUCUCACCCAUCGAGGAGAUCCCCUGGGAGGACACCCUCCUCCUCCCAACCCGACCCUGGCCUGUCCAGGCUCCGGGGUCAUGGCCGGGGCAGACAGCAGAGACGGAACGGCCCCUUCCCGCUGAGGGGCCCGUGGAGUCGGUCAGCUACAAGCCUCAUGCUCCGUGCAUUGAGGAGGACAAGGAGGAAACGGGCCAUGGAGGAGUGUGCGGAGAGCAGAGGGAUGUACCUGACACACCUGCGCAAGAGCGUGGCAGCGGAUGCUCGCUCACGCUCAAUGGGUUUCCAAAGUUGAGCUCACUCUACGGUGCGGACGGGGAUUUGCCUAAUAUGCGAUCUCUGGGGUUUACCGAGGGCUCUGGUAGCCGUCUGUCUGGCCUCCUCUGCAGCGGGGUCUUUUUUGGGGGAGCUGAAACUGAGGGCCAGGGGACUAUGUGUGCUGGGUAUUCAACGGGAGGAGAGGGAGACCCCUGGAGAACCUAGAACCUAGGAAUCUGGGGUUCUGGGUAUUCAGUUGGCGACGGAGACCCCUGAAGAGGUGUUAUGAUGUUGUUCAUUCAAGGUUUUGUUUUAGUGUUCGUAAAGUGGCUGUACUGACAACAGAGCAAGGCAGCAUAUACCUGCUUGGAAGAAACCCAUCGGUUCAAAUCAGUCUAUGAACGAGUAAAAGAGUACAAUACUGCAUUACUGAAAAAUGAAAAGAAAUACACAAGCGUACAGUUAAUGGAGUCAAGGGGGUUAUGGAUACUUUGGUCAAUGUUUGUUUAUGUAUAUAACACAAAUCUUUCUUAAACUAAUUUAGUCAUCAAGAUCUUUUUCUUGUCUUAACAUGUAUCUAGUGCCCCUUAAUCCCUCCUAUAAUAGUAACCCUUCUAAUAAUAAUAGGGAACAUUCAUUUUGUAUUGAUUAACAAUUUUAAUUAACCAGACACAAUUCAGUAAUAUGAAUCAGUUUACAGUUAAUUAACAGUUGACCAAACCAUAAGUAAUCAUUUCCAAAUGCUGUUUAUGUUUAAUAAAGAUGUGCAUGUUUAGUACGGUAUUAAUGUAUACAUUAUUUAAUAGGGUUUGGGUAAAACCUUACUUUAGCUUAUUAAUGCUUAUUAAUGAAUUGACUAAUGCUAAUUAACGGUUAACUAAUGUACCCUUAUGUAAUGUUAUUCUAAGGGGAGUAUCAAUCUAACACUAUUGCAAAAUAUGAAAAAUAAACUUGAUUCUUCUGUUUGUUGUCCAAA